CGCCGGACAAUUUGUGUGCCGCUUAACCUAAAGGAGGAAUCUGAUUGGACCCUUCCAUUCAUUUAGAGCCUCUUUAUCCUCUCCUGAGGCUUGUUAGGAGAUAAUCCUCUUGGACCAGCCCUCUUUAGGAGAGAAACGCCAAGAUAGUGAUGAGAACAGGCAGAUUACUAAGAAGCGAGGCUUUAUCCUGGAUGUCGGAGGUGGACAACGUGACUGGGGGCCAGUCUGGAGACCUGGUCCUGCAGCCCAUUUGGGACUACCUCCACCAGAACCACCACGACUUCCUGAGGAGCCCCCUCUUCCCCGUGGCGCUCUCCAUCACCACCUACUUUCUUCUGGUUGGUCUCUACACCGUGCUGGACCUGCUGGCUCCCUCCUGGCCCUGCAUCAACCGGUACCGGCUGCACCCGGACAGGCUCGUCACCUGGCCCAACAUCUGGACCACCCUGGGGGUCACGGUCUACAACCACCUGCUCUACAUCUUCCCCGCCGCGGUGGCCCAGUGGCUGUGGAGGCCGCCGACCCCGCUGCCCCGGGAGGCGCCCACCCUCUGGAGCUUCUCCCUGGGAAUCCUGGGCUGCAUGGUGGUCUUCGACUUCCAGUACUAUCUGUGGCACCUGCUGCACCACCGGGUGCCCUGGCUGUACCGCACCUUCCACGCCGUGCACCACCAGUACAACCAGCCGUUCAGCCUGGUCACGCAGUACCUGUCGGGCUGGGAGCUGUUCAGCGUGGGCUUCUGGGCCACGGUGGACCCCAUCCUGCUGCAGUGCCACUGCCUCACGACGUGGGCCUUCAUGGUCUUCAACGUGUACGUCUCCACCGAGGACCACUGCGGCUACGACUUCCCCUGGUCCAUGCACAACCUGGUGCCCUUUGGCCUCUGGGGAGGCGCGCCGAAGCACGACGCCCACCACCAGCGCCCCGGCACUAACUUCGCCCCCUUCUUCUCGCACUGGGACUGGCUGGGGGGCACGCACUCCGUGCCAACCGCCUCCAGCCACACGGCCGCCGGAGAGCCAGACGACAUGAAAGAGGGAAAAGACUAAAGAGCCGGAAUUAAUCCCACAUUGACUCUCCCUCUCUCGCUCUCUCUCUUUUACUGAAACUCCCUCUUUUGUAGCUGCUCUCGUUCUCAGCUCUCCUGCAGACCAGUUUAUCUCCUUUCUAUCUCCCAGCAUCCUCUUCUCUUUCCAAUAUUUUGAUAUUCUCACAUUAUAUUGGUAUUUUCCACUGCUUUCUAACAGAAUAAGGAUAUUCUUCGGUGAUAAUCAGUCUAACAUUUCUUGACUGUCUGGUAAGUUGUGUUUUUAUUUUAUGUACAAUGAUAGUAUAGAUUAUACUGUUGUGUUAUGUACAAUUAUCUCUUAUUCAUAGAGAUUUUUCCACCCGUGUUAUUGCAUUGAUGUGUUUCUACAUGUCCCUGUGGCAUUCUCAGGUCCGU